AUGGGUGCUUAUAACAGAGAAGGCCAGUUGACAAGAGUGGUCAAGGCUUCCAGGGAGCAAGAGAGGGAGAGGAACUCAGGAGGGGGGUCAAAUGAAAGCACACAACAGAGGCAGCCCAGCGACCCGAAUAAUCCUGAUGGUGCCGACAACCCAGAUGGAACAAAGGCUGCAACUUUACCACCGGAGUCCCGACGUGAUCUUACACCAUUUCCUUUGGAUCCUCAAUUCAUCAGUCAACCUGUCCUGUCAGGUUGGUUCAAGGAUCAGAUAUGGAAGCAAGUUAUUCUGCAGGGCUUGUCAGUGCGGGAAGUGAGUGCUAGUCUAGGCGUCGAGAUGAGCCGUGUGGCAGCUGUCGUACGUCUAGUUGAGAUUGAGAAGGAAUGGAAGCGAAUAAAUAAACCACUGAUGAGACAGUAUCAUCAGGCUGUGAUGAAUAUGCUUCCAAAGACAUUAUGGAAUCCCGAAGAGACGACAGAGGAGAAUAGAAAGAAGACGAAGACCCACGAAUCGAUCAACGAUCUUCCAGUUCAUGUUGCGACGGGACAGCAGAUAUUCCUCCCUACAUCUGAAUCAAGGCAUUUCACUCGAAAAGAUGCUGCGAGGGUUUUCGAUGCGAAGCUGCUGCCGGCAGACGAUAGAGUACCACACCCAGAAUUAGCGGUCAUGCACAAGGAAGUGCUUGAAGAGCUGUCAGACGAGGAGCGCAAAGCACGCGCUGAAGCGAGAGACGCAAGUGAAGAGCAGAAGAGAAAGGUUGCCCUUGCACGGCAAGCAAAAAAGGAAGCUUCCAUCAAGAAAGUGGACAUUGGAAGAUUUGAAUAUCGAUUUUCCGAGAUCAAGGUGGAUGAUGCAGGCAAGGAUGGAAGAGGUCUCAAGGGGGUUGGCUGGAGAUAUGGUGUUCCAUUGAUGGAUAGAAGUAGAGGACAACACAAGAUUCCUCGAGCCGUUGAAUGA